UGAGACUUAGGAAACGUGUUAAUAUUUCUAGAAGAUCGUUCCGGUCACCCCAUAGUCAAAUCACCACCAGGACGCGCCUCACUCCGCCCCACAUUACUCAGGGGGCGCCGCCAUCCAUUUACUAAGAGCGAUUAACAGUCUUUCUGCGUGAAUCAGAUACGUCCGUUAGUUCUCCAGAAAACGUGAAAAGGCGUUUCGGUGCUGAAAUGUGUCGCACAUCACGUAACACUUGAGUACCUCCCUUGCCGGACUGCCUACGAGAGAGCCGUGACUUGGAGAGUCCGCCAUGAAGUCCUUCUGCCUCGAUAAUGCCCGGAAAUUCGGAGUCCUGCUCAUGCUGGUCUCGCAAGUCACCUCGUCAGUCCUACAAGACUCCAGUAAGGGAGGAAGAGACACUGAAGACACUGUCGUGGAGAACCUGUCAUGUGCAUCAGUGAAUAGCGAAAGCUUACAGUGUAUGUGGGAGAUACCGAAGGUUCCUUCUGUCUCCAGUUACACCAUGUAUCUAUACAACUGGCUACAUUUCUGGCAUGUCAAACAACCCUGUACGUGCUACGAAGAUUGGUGCGACUCUUGCCCCGGGGUGUGUUGCCACUGGAAAGCUCCAGAAUAUGACUUCACUUCGCCCGAAGUUAUGAUUGAACUUUCGACCGGCACCAGCGAACGAAAUGCAACGUUCGACCAUUUUUCAAUCGUCAUCCCUGGUCCCGCCGAGAAGCUGAGCAUAAGCACGACAGAGUCAUACCAGGAGCUCGAAGUCCGAUGGGAGACGCCAAAAUUCUUUCUCAAUUUCGAGCCCGGUCUUUUUUACAGCGUGGACUACAGGCCUAAAAAUGUCAGCGUUUUUGGUGCCUUUGACUGGAUGAGUGAGGCGGGAUAUUAUACCGACAAAACCGCGACGGUGCGCCUCGAGGCACUGCACGGCGGGGUGGACUACGAGGUGCGCGUCAGACUCCGCUCGGGGGCGCGACCGCCGUCCGACGACGAAGAUGACGACAAAUGGUGGUCAACUGAGGCUUCCGAGGCCGUCACGCCGCAAGGAGCGCCCGAGGUUGCCCCAGCCGUGGGCGUGGGGACCUUCGAGGUUGAGAGCGACGCCGACUCCGGGCGGCGGGCGGUCGCGCUGCAGUGGCGCCCCGUCCCCGCGCUGCUGCACAACGGACCCGGCCUCGAGUACCGCGUCCUCGUCACGGACCGAACGAACAACACAGUGAAAAAUCUCACAGAAUCCGGAACAUUUGUCAAGAUUGAGGACCUUAACAUCGAUUCAAGUUACAGAAUGGAAAUCGUCGCCGCGAACCGCGCCGGCGUCGGCCUCCAGACGGCGGCGGUGCGCGUCCCGCCGCCCCGCCGCCCGCGCCGCUCCUGCCGGCCGUCGUCUACCACGCGGGGACUCGCCGCUACGAACUCAGGACUAACGAAUAUGCAGAAGGCCUUUUCGCUACGUUGCUUCUUCAGGACAUCUUUUUAUGGAAUGUACCAAGAGGAUGGCGUGGCUCUCCAGUUGUCACUCGCUUCUAACUCCUGUAUCACCUGCUCAAAAUUGAUUCGCAAUGUUGUGACAUCAGUGUCAAAUGAAACUUUGUGUCACAUCCCCUUUCUGCAAAUCUACAUCACAGGUUGUACUGACUUUUUAUGUUACUUUCCUAGGUCUAAGAAUGCUGGACGUGACUCCUUUACUUUGCAGCCAUGUUAUUUCCUCUUUGAACUUACUUUUCACUUGUGUUUGUCUACCUUUGGCGUCCCUAAGUGCACUCAACUGGAUGAUGAGGCUAAGAGUGCGACGGGGGACUCAGCACGUCGUGCCGCACUGAAGUCAAUGCAACCCCAAUGGAAGCAGCACAACAGCGAAAAUGAAAGUGCUAGUGACCCUUCGUUCUUUUUAGCAACCGGGAAAAUACAGGUGUGCGAUGUGGACGAUCUUGGCAUAUCCCAACCAUCAGUUAGUAAGAUGGUCCAUGAAACGUUAGAUGCCCUCGUAUCGCCAGCAUUACAACUAAGUAUAAGAAGGAACGAGAGUGCCCUUAAACAAAUGUUUGCUGGAAUGUCCCCAGUGGCUAUCUUCUUGGUGACAGUGAUUAUAAUCAUCCAUUUUCUCUGCAGGGGACACAAGCCUCCAAGAUCCCUGGUCGAGAGAGGAACUGGCCAGCUGAAACGUAGGUUUCACGUGCUACAUAGAGAGAGACGGAUGAGCCCACUAAAACAAAUCGUUUUGGAGUGUGUUGCUCUUCACAACCUGUGUAAGGAGAGGAAUUUGGAUGUGCCAUUGCAACAAGACUUUGCUGGUGAAGAAGCUGUUGACAACCCAGCAGAUGUCGAGGCCCUUCCACCCUAG